AUGGCCUUCCUCUUCUGAUUGGAUCUUCAGGAGACCCUCCAAACCCUCUCUGUUUUACAGUGGAUCCCAGUCUACAUAUUUUUAGGAGCUAUUCCUGUUGUCCUUAUACCCUACUUUCUGGUGUUCACUAAGUUCUGGACCUUGUCUGUGCUCGCCUUAGCCUGGCUUGCCUAUGAUUAGAACACCCACAAUCAAGGUGGUAGGCGUUCACCUUGGGUACGAAACUGGACCCUCUGGAAGUAUUUCUGAAAUUACUUCCCAAUAAAACUGGUGAAGACUCAUGACCUCUCUCCCAAACACAAUUAUAUCAUUGCCAACCACCCCCAUGGCAUUAUUUCUUGCAGUGUCUUCAUCAACUUUGCCACUGAGGCCACUGGCUUUGCUCGGAUUUUCCCAGGCAUCACUUCUGUAGGGACCUUGGAAGGGGUCUUCUGGAUCCCAAUUGUGCGACAAUAUGUGAUGUCAAUGGAUGUGUGCCCAGUGAGUGAGUCAGCCUUGAAGUAUUUGCUGACUCAGAAAGGCUCUGGAAAUGCGGUGGGUAUUGUGGUGGGUGGAGCUGCUGAAGCCCUCUUGUGCCGGCCAGGCGCAUCUACCAUCAUCCUUAAACAGUGUAAAGGUUUUGUGAAUUUGGCACUGCAGACAGGAGCAUACCUUGUCCCUUCCUAUUCCUUUGGAGAGAACGAGGUUUACAAUCAAGAGACCUUCCCUGAGGGCACGUGGAUAAGGUUCUUCCAAAAAACUAUCCAGGACACAUCUAAAAAAGUCCUGCGACUAAGUUUCUGUACCUUCCAUGGCAGGGGACUCACUCGAGGAUCCUGGGGUUUUCUGCCUUUCAAUCGGCCCAUUACCACUGUUGUUGGGGAGCCCCUGCCAAUCCCCAGGAUUAAGAAGCCAAGCAAGAAGACAGUGGACAAGUACCAUGCACUCUACAUCAGUGCCUUGUGCAAGCUGUUUGACCAGCACAAAGUUCAGUAUGGCCUCUCUGAGACCCAGGAACUGACAAUCAUAUAA